AUGAUCAAGCACACCAUCACCAGCUGGAACGUGAGGAGGUGCAUGGGGAUCCCGGAAAAGCGACGCAACAUUUACACCUAUUUAUCAACAUUCAAAGCAUCCGCCAUUCUACUACAAGAACACUUCAUCAAACCGGAACUCUGGCAAUGUAUCAAGGACGAGUACGAGGGCAAGGUCUUCAUCAGCAAACACUGUCUGACUCUGAUCCCCGCCGACUCGCCCCUGAUCGACGCCGAGAUUUUGCGCACCCACUCGGCACUCGACGGACGAAUCCUGGUCACCUCCUUUCGACUUCGAGGCGACAUCCGGAUACUCGAGAUCAACAACAUUUACGCACCAGUCGAUACAAAACAACGACUCACAUUCUUUGACAAACUACAUUUCCACAGGACGCAGAGCACCCACCUUCGACUCCUCGGCGGCGAUCUCAACGACUGCCCGCUGCCGGCGAUCGAUCGGCGGAACCAAGGUCGGCACGGCCAUCACUGGCCGAUCCUGAUCGGCAAGCUCGACUCGCCCUACACCGACUGCAUACGAUUCAAACACCCGCUCACACCAUCUUUCACUCGACCCAACAUCGUCCGCAAGCGACCAAAGUCCUUUUCACGACUUGACUACUUCCUUCUGCAGCGCACCCACCAAAGCGACUCGUCCAAGCCUCGACGAUCUACGACCACCCAAGGACCUUUCGGAUCACCGACCGGUCUCGAUCGUCCUAGUUCUCUCGGAUGAGCGAGGAGACGCGGCUCAACCCAACAAUAGUUUACCAACGACAUCAAACCAAUUACAUCGUAUCAACGCGGCGACCUUCAAGACGGCGGAGUUCCAGGGGAUGUUGGAAGGAUGGUUGGAAGGAGCGAGUGGGGAGGAACCGGUGGGGGAGCUCGAGGUGGUGCUGGGGAACUGCGCGAAGGAGGGUCGGGAGCUGGCGAGGAGGGAGCAUCGGGAGCGGGUGGAGCGGAUGGCGGUCUUGGUGGGAAGGGUGCAGGAUCUGGAGGCGUUGCCGGUGAUGGGGGACGAGGAGACGGCCGAAUGGACGCGGACGACGGAGGAACUUAGGCGAGCGGUCAACGAGCGCGCGCGCCAACUUCGGAUCCGAGCCCACGUACCCGAAAUCGCUACCGAGGAACGACUGUCGCGGCCGGUCCACGCCAAGCUCGCGGCACGGAGUUCGGAUUCCAAGAUCACAGCACUGCGAUUGCCCAACGGAGAGCUGACACAUGACAUUGACGUCGCGCUUGACCACACACAGGCGCACUUUCAGCGCCUCUACGAUCUCGAGCCGCGCGAUCGGGACCACGUCGAGCGACUUAGGGACGAUUUCUUGGCGCCGAUCAGGUCGGCGCGCACUUGCGAUGACCCGAGCUCGGACCCGCUCUUUCUGCGACGACUCUCGGAAGCGCACAUCGAGCUGCUGCAGCAACCCAUCACCGAGGACGAGGUCGUAGCCGCAAUCGCAACAACACACCCCGGUCGAUCGCCGGGUCCAUCUGGCGUGCCCUACGAGCUCUAUCACACAGCGCCGCGGGCGUGGGCCAAGGCGCUGAGCAGGGCCUUCAACGCGAUGACCGAGCGCGGCUCGCUUUCACCGAAGCAGGGGCAAGGACUCGCUCGCCUGCUCUUCAAGCACCACAAGAUCGGGGGCCGAUCGCGCCGAGCUCUCGUCGUACCGGCCCAUCACCUUGCGCGAGUGCGACUACAAGCUCUUCACCAAGGUCUACGUUGCGCGACUCAACCACGUGCUGCCGGACCUGCUCCCACCGCAACAGCACGGCUUCGUCAAGGGCCGCCGAUCGGCGGACGCGUCAUUCCACCUGCGACUCUUGAUCGAGGAGCUGGGCGCGCGCGGCACCGAGUUCCCUGACGCGGCGCUCUUGUCUCUUGACCAAUCGUCGGCUUACGACCUCGUCGAGCACGAAUGGAUCUUCGCCAUCUUCGACGCUCUCGGCGCUCCUGCCGCCUUCCAACGCGUUCUGAGGAUGCUCUACUCGGGUGACUCAACCACGGCGCGAUAUAUCAUCAACGGCUUCUUGACUCCGCCGGUGCGGCUGACGUGUGGGCUCGGCCAAGGGGACCCGGCGUCGUCGUCGGUCUGGGAUGUCGUGUUCCAGCCGUUCCUGGAUGCUCUGCACCGUCGAGGCAUCGCGCUGAACCUCUCGCUUCCUACCAUUCACCCCUACCCACAGAGCCGCGCCAUUACAUCCCUUGCGUUUGCCGAUGACGUCGUCGUCGCUGUCGCGGGCUCGGAGUCACUCAACUUGCUCGACGACCUGGCGCUCGACUGGAGGCUCGCAACCAAUGGCCGGCUCAACACCGACAAGACCGUCGUACUACCCAUCGGGUGUCGCUGGGAGGCUGGCGAUCGUCCGCUCGUCGUCAAGGCCGAGGGCGAGUCGCUCGAGUGGAUCGGCCUAUCUUUCGACCCCACCGGCAACACCGAACUCGCCAACGUGAAUCUCGUCGCACGGCUCGAAGCGGUGCUCGAUUCGGCACGGGACCGAGGGCUCACACACCACACCCGAGCGUUCUACGUCAACCGAUACGCCAUUCCCAAGAUUCUGCACAUCCUCUCCGCCGACAUCCCACCGCUCGAGGUCGUCAAGGAGCUUGAUCGCAUUCUCGCCGACUUUGUCCGCGGCGGCAAGAGGAGGUCGUGCUAUGGCAAGGACGUCGUCUUCACACCGAGGUUCAAGGGGGGUCUUGGGGUCAUGCGGAUGCAGGACGUCGUCGACUCGGUUGCGGCACGCGUCUGGGACGUGCUUCUUGGCGGUUCGGAUGCGAUCUGGCAGGGACUUGCGCGCGCGGCGAUUGUACGAGCCCAUCCCGCCCCCGACUUUGACUUGGCAACCGAUGCGUGGCCUUGCGACUACACUCCGAUCCGAACCGAUCUACACCCAAGAUGGCAGGCCGUGCUGAAGGUACCAUCGACGCACAAUGCGCAAGUCAAGCCGAGGACGUUGACGCUCGCGAACCUUCUCGCUCUUCCGAUCAAGUUGCACACCCUUCACUACCUACCGGGAGCACCAGCUGUGUCGCGACCACCCUACGACGCCGACUAUGCUGCGUUUGCCAUUUACGCCAAGGUAGCGGACCUGUUUCGACGCGAGCUGUACCCGGGCGGGGGCUUUCAUCUCUGGACGCCGCCGACGGAUGUGGUCGUCAGCAACAGCGAAUACGAUCAACGGGGCCGCCCACAACGAGAGCACAUCGUGGCAUGGUACCGACAUGCGAUCAAUCGAUUGAGGUUCACACCAAUAGCUCAACCGGUGGCGGCAGUACGAAUCAACGGGCCUCCCCGAGUCCGCCCCACCACGCCGCUCGAGUCGAUCCUGCCCCAUCCGAUCGACCCGCCGCAGCGCCUUCCGAGACCGGCUCUCCCAGACCAAUCAACACAAUACAACUUGCUCAGCAUGGAUCGGCCAUACACCAUCCGUCGCGUCCGCCGAGUCUUGAAUGCAAAGGCCUUCACCGACACGAUCGGUUUCAGGGACUCGCUGCAGCCCGACGAUCUCAAGGGAUUCUGGAAGGGGGUCAACUCGAAGGCAUUGACGGCGAGGGAACGCGAGGUGUGGUUCAAGCUCGUCAGGAACUUCACCCCGACUCGGAGUCUGCAGUUUCAUCAAAAGCACGACGACUCGCCCGCGUGCCUCGUCUGUGGAGCGCCCAAGGACGAUCGGGAGCACUACUUCUUCGACUGCGUUGACUCUAGGAACGUUUGGAUCGCGGCAAGGGGCGUGCUCUGCGACGCACUGGGGCUCGACACGAUCGACAACACGCAUUACACGGCCGUUCAACGCAUGUUCGGACUUCCGAAGCUCAAGGCCAGUCUGCGCGAUCAAGAAGGAGCGGGGAGGACGAUCGAAAUAUUCACCGGGCUGGUCUUGGAGAUGAUCAGCAGCGGGAGGUGGGGGAUGCAGAAGUGGGGGACGAGGAUGGAGGGUGUUGGGAGGAGGAGGAUAAUCUUGGAGGAGAGGUUGAAGCUGAGGGCGGGAGGAGCUUGGGGGAGGAGAAGGCAGUAG